AUGGCCGGCUUCGUUGGACAGAAGCCCGAACCACCUCCCUCCUGGAUGUACGCGUUGUUUCCCCCCAGCACCGUCCAGUGGAUCGCGGUCCUGUGGCCACCUCUCUACGGCUGGGCCUUGGCUCGAAGCAUCUUCCAAGUGCUCAACGCAGGCGGAGCAUGGCGCUGCUUGCGACGUUUCCUGGAGUCCCGGGUGUGGAAGGCCUUAGCGUUGCUGUCCUACAGCGCCUAUGUGGUGCAACAGUUUCCUUUGCUGCUCCUGUUGGCGCCUUUAAUGAAAGAAUUUGACCUCAACUGGUCCAAUGGCACCACCCUGGGCGGGGCAGUGUGGCGUUACGCCUUGAUAUUUCCCCUUUUUGUGAUGAUCAGCUGCAUGGUGGCCCUGCCCUUCCACCUCUUCCUGGAGAUGCCCUGCAUCCGCCUGGGCCGGCGCAUCCAAUUUCGCGAUGCGACCUGCAGGAAAGCUGCAACGGCGAAGGAAGAGGUGGAGGACGGCCUGCAAGAACCAGACAUGGUUCCGGUGGCCCCAGGCCUGUGA